AUGCCUGUGCUACAGCCUUCACCAGGCCACAGGCGGUCCACACCAAGCCCCAGUCUGGGCAUAACCGACGCCAAGCGGCCCUGCAUCAUGGACGCCGAUGUCCUCAAGAUCGCCCACGGCUUGUUGGGUGUGGGGCACUACGGGAACGCCAAGAACCGGGACGUCGAUGGGACGUGGAGUUGCAUGUCUUGCGACACCUGCACGGCGCAGAAAGGAGCGACCCAGCACCGCCACGCCACUUGCCAACAUCGGACGCGAGGGCGCCUCGGACGCUUCAAGCCAUCGGACUAUGAUUGGUACGACAAAAUAACAUCCUCCAAUGAAGACUGUAACAUGGAUUGGAUUUCCUUUGACGGUAAAGGAGUAGGAAAAGAUGUCCUGAAAAGCCAACUGUUAGUUCAACACAUUGCUUCAGAGGUCAUCAUGAAUGCUCUGACUGGAUUCAUGAACAAUGACAACCCCAAUAAGCCUCUGGUCCUCUCUUUCCAUGGGACUACUGGCACGGGGAAGAAUUUGGCCAGUCAGCUUAUUGUCAAAAACAUCUACAAGAAGGGGAUGGACAGCCGCUUCGUCCAUUACUUUAACUCUGUAGUUCAUUUCCCAUACAGACGUCAAGUGGAGACCUACAAGACUCAGUUACAGCAUUGGAUCAGAGGAAAUGUCACCAACUGUGCCCAUUCCAUGUUCAUCUUUGCUGACAUGGACAAGAUGCAUCCUGGCCUAAUUGAUUGCAUAAAGCCAUUUAUGGUCCACCGUCAGAAGCUGGAUGGCGUAUCAUAUCGGAAAGCCAUCUUCAUCUUCCUCAGUAAUGCUGGGGGAGAAAUCCUCACACAGACCACUUUGGAUUUCUGGAAAGCAGGAAAAGACAGACAGGAAAUCAAGCUGAAGGACGUGGAGACGGCCCUCUCUUCCUCUGUGUUCAACAACCAUAAUAGUGGAUUGUGGCAUUCCAGUUUGAUAGAGAGUAGCCUUGUGGACUUCUUCAUCCCAUUCCUGCCCCUGGAACACUGGCACGUUGUCCAGUGUAUUAUGGAUGAGAUGGAAGCCAGGGGCCUCCAACCAGACCCUUAUAAGGCCUUUGAAAUGGCAGAUGAAAUCGUGCAUUACUUUCCUCAGGAUGAGGGAGUCUUCUCUGUCCCGGGUUGCAAGACGAUUGCCAGCCGGCUGAGGAACUUCAUGUAA